UAAAUUUAAACACAAAAUACAAAAACUUAAUCACAAUGCUAUAAAGAUUCAUCUAGCAUCGUACUUAAAGAUUCAGUUGAAUUUUAGAUACAUUCGCAGUAACAACACACCAAAAAUGUUGCCGGUAUUGUGUUUUAACAAAAUUUUUUCAAUCAUCUUUAUUGUAAUUGUUUGCUGCUGCAUUCAAUUCUCACAGCAACAAUUUCCUCCAGAUUUCCAGUUCAAUCAAUUAAGACCAUUUGGUAAUUUCCCAAGACAAAACAAUAUCAAUUCUCAAGGCAGCGGUUUAAACAAUCAAAAUUGGUUAGGUCCUGGGCAACAGUUAGUGUUUGCUACGACUACUUCCGCACCCGGAAAUUCGGUAGUUUUCGUCAAUAAUCAACCAGCUGUACCUACAAUGGUACCAUUUAUUGCAGCAGCUACUACGCCUACACCUCAAUUUUUGGACUGUUUUAGUAGGUGUCCCACGACAUCUGAGUUUAAUCCAAUUUGUGCCAGUAAUCGCCAGCAAUAUGGCAAUGAGCAGAAAUUUAAUUGUGCCAGACAAUGUGGAGCAGUGUUAAAAUGUACGUUGCAUAUGACACCGAAGAAAAAAGUGCGCAAAACGUCAAAUUGCCAAAAUGAAACCGGUAAAUGCAGUAUUUAUUUAAAAAAAAAAUAUUAUAUAAAAUUACUUUUUUGUGUUAUACGAAAACUCGUAAUAAAAACAACAAGCAAGAUGUUAGUAAAUUCAUUGAAGAAAGAAGUUUUCAUCUUUUGUAUGCUGUUGGGUAUUAGCUGCACAUCAGCAUUGGCACGUGUAGACAAUAAUUGGUCUCAUAGACGACCAAAUAUUACAGUGACCCAAAAUCAACGGGGUCAAGCUGGUUAUCGACCAGCCAAUGUUGGCUAUCAACAACCUUUAGUGCACAAUCAAAGUCAUGUACAUUCGUACAACAACAAUCAUCAACAACAACAUCAGCAGCAGCAAUGGCAACAACAGCACAACAAUCGUUCACAAUACAAUCAACCUGCUGGCUAUAGGCCAGCCAUAAAUAAUCCUGCUCAAGUUAAUAACUAUAGACCACAACAACCUUUGUAUGGUCAAGGAACAUUUAAUCAAACACGUCCUGCAUCGCAUCAACCUCAAUAUCCUGCAUAUGGACAAAGCUCUUUUAAUCAAACACGUCCUUUACCGUAUCAACCUCAAUAUCCUGCAAAUGGACAAAACUCUUUUAAUCAAACACGUCCUGCAUGGCAACCACAACCACAUCCACCUCAAUUUCCCACCAAUCCACAAUAUCCCGCCUAUGGACAACAAAACACCUUAAAUCAUACAAGACCUGCAUUCCCUCAACCUUCAGCUCCACAUGGUCCUGUUUAUCCAGUGCUACCAAAUAAUCCCAAUAAUAAACCAGCAAUCCCUUCAAAUUCUUGGACUCCAUCAGCAAAUCAGACUCUUAUAUAUCCUCAACUACCUAAUAAAGAUAUAGCUCCAGCUUCACCAGCUGUUGGUAGUAAUGGUAUACCUUUAGCACCUCUACAACCAGCUCCACAAGGUCCUCACAAUUGGCAUUCUGGAGGUCAAGCUGUUUUAAGCUAUGGCCCGGGUCAUUAUCCUUUGCCAGCAGAUAAUACAAAUAAAAAUCCACCUUCACAUCAGGGCAGCAGCAAUCCUUAUGCAAAUAUGUUUAAUUAAAAUUGUGAGAAAGAACUCGUAAAUGUUUGAGAGAAAUAAAUGAUUAAAGAUCAUUAUAA